AUGAUGGAUGAAUUCGAUAUAUAUUCAGAUCUUGAUCACUUAGAUUCGGAAGCGAAGAAGGAGCGUCAGGAAAUUCAGUCCCUUCAUCUGAAGAUCGAUGAGCUACAACAAGUAAUUAAAGACAAAGAGCUUGAAAAAUUAGAUUGUAUUCGCCAGAAUGAAAUUUUACUAGAAAAUAUUUCAUCGUUAGUAUUGACUGCCAAGGCGGAGUUGAAAAGAAAAGAUGGCAUAAUUAAUGAACUACGGAAACAAGCUGAUAGCACAGCAUUUCGGCGUAAACAAAUUUCAGAAGUUACCCGGAAUUGUGUUUCUCGAGGAACUCAAACUAAUACUAAUCGUUUAAUAAACAUCGGAAUUGACGGCGGUAACACUUCUCAAUGUAGCCGUACCCCAGAGCACAAUGAAAAACAUCAUGGUCCGGAUUAUGAACGAGAUCGUAAGCGAGGGCGAGAUACCUUAAGGGAUCGAGAGAGCGAUCGUUAUCAAAGACGUGUAGAUCCGCGAGGAAAUCACGAACGGGAACGCGAUCGAGAUCGAGAACGGGAACGUGAUCGAGAUCGAGAACGGGAACGUGAUCGAGAUCGAGAACGGGAACGGGAACGUGAUCGAAACCGUGAACGGGAACGUAAUCGAGACCGGGAACGGGAACGUGAUCGAACCCGUGAACGCGAUCGAACACGCGAACGGGAACAGAACUUGGACCGGGAUCGAGAACAUGCAUACGUGAACAAAAUAUUUCAUGCUGAAAAUAGCCAUACCGUUAAUAAAGUGAUUGAAAAAUAUCCGUGCACCGAUUCCGAGUUGCACAAUGGUGCACUGAAUAAAGAAAGCGAGUCAUCGCAACCAUUGAACACAACAGCUGCCAUCGAAAAUGAUAAAGAAAAUCAUAUACCAUUCCAGAACGACGCAUGUUCAUUGGUGGAGGAUGAAAAUAAGCCUCAGGAACUUUCGACAACAUAUUUUUCACCAUUUACUCUACCUAUAUCUUCGCCAUUGGAUAGCAUACGAAGUCCACAGGUACCUCAGAAUCUUAAACGACCAACAAAUACUGGUACAUCACUUCGGACCCCAAUGGUGGUGGUGCAUUCUCCCGCCAAACCGUCGGAUAAUGUGGUACAUUAUACACUACCUAAGAGUAAACCUAUGCUCUCGAUGGACGAUGCAGGAUCGGUGCAAAAUAUUAUGGACUCGUUGCUGCAGACACCCGUUAAAAUAGAAGCUUCGGUUGAAGUUGAAGCAAAGGAAACAGAUUCAAUCACUGAAAAUAUACAGCAGUUGAAUGCAGACACGACGCAGAACAAAAUUAAAGAACCUACCAAAGCAUGUUUUGCAUUAAGCGAGGAUGUGCGGACAUCUUCAACUCCUCUUGCUACAAAAAUUCUUCAGUCUCAACAUAAUCGUAAUCAAAUCAAACCAACUAUUGUGGGCAAAUCGUCUCCAAAAGGAAAAGAAGCGCACAAUAAUUCCCAGGUUCGCAUCUCGCCAUCAGUAGACGAAUGUACUAUCACGCAAAGGGUUGAUGCACAGCAAAAUAUUCAUGAUAUGUUCCAAAAACCGAAAGAAACAUGUUCUGAAUAUGUCAAACAGCAGGAGAAAAAGCGAGCCUUGGCAAAACCACAAGUUAUUGUGAAGAAAGACAAUAUACCUUUGAAUAAGAACAAGCACAAACAAACACCGGCUGAUAAGAACAAUGUAGAUAAAACACGGAAUGAUGAGCUGAUAUCAAAUGUAUCUGUGGCAACUGAUAUUGAGCCUUUGCAUCACAUAACUCGUAUAUCAAAGAGAAGAUCUUCAAUAUCUGGAAACGUCAUUUACUCAAAGAUCAGUCAAAAAAAUAGCGAAAUUAAAUCCGACACAAUAACAAUGAGUGCAUGUUCGUCCCGAAAUUAUGGAACUAAAUUUGAAAUUAAACCAGACGGGCAACAUACAGCGUGCGAAUCGUCGACGAACGUCGUAGCUUCGGUAACCAGUGAACAAAAGGACACCAGAUCACCGAGUACAAAAGAUGUAAAUAUAGACGUGGAAAAUCGAUCUCGAAAGACAGCAAAAAGUAUUGUGACGAAAAAAGCAACAAUUACUGAAAGUAAUCAAUUGAAGCGCAAUCCAGUUAGUAAAAAGAAAUUGAUUAACGUUACCGAUGAAUUUAGAAAGGAUUCGAUUAGCGCUAGUGAUGCACGCACAAUCAAAUCUUCAAAAACGUCAAAUCGAGCCGCCAGUGAGUGCUCUAGCGCUACAAUUAACAAACAAGAACAAAGUUCAGAUACGUUGGUUGAUGUAAUGCGCCAGGCUGCUAGUGUAGAAGAAAGAAUUGAGAAUUCAGAUUUGUCACAGGUACAGAGCAAAAGUAUGCAAGCGAUUUCGGGCAAGCCAUUAACGAUCGAUCCAGCUACUCCCAGUGUCCAGAGAAAAGCAGCUGAAAAAACUGCUGUCUGCUUAAAUUUGUCUGUGGCAGAUACUGGUCAAAACGAAACAUGCCAAAGCAAAAGAGAUAAAUCCCCUGUGCGUUAUGUUCGAGAAAUGCGUAUAGUAAAAGAAAACCCGUCGUUAAUGCGAGUGUUUAUAACAAGAAAGUGAUAGCACAAAAAGUUAAAUUUUGCAGAGAAUAAAUUUUUUGAUUGAUAAUAUCG